AUGGCGAACGAAGUGAAGGCAUGCUCUGUAUGUUUUUGUGACACAAAAUAUGCUUGUAUUAAAUGUAAAAAACCAAUUUGUAACGUUUGUGGUUCUCCUGAAGUCGACGAAGAUACGGAUGGAUGGACUUAUGGAAAACAAGUAUCUUAUUGCUACUCGUGCAAGCGAAAAAUCAAUCUUGCUUCAAAACGAAAGUCAAUCAUUGCUGGUGCCGUACCAAGUGAUGAACAAAGGGAAAAACAAACUCGUGUCACGGAUGCUCGCGCCAAAAUAGCGGCAAGUGGGGCAAGUGAUACUUCCUUCUCUACGUCAAAUACCAG